AUGUCUGCUCCUUCGAUCGCCAACUACAUUGUCAAGCGCCCAUGGCUCAAGCGCUGGAUGACCCCCAUCGCCCAGUGGUACACCGACGCCGCCGGCUACAGACGCCUCGGACUGAAGUUCGAUGAUUUGAUCCCCGAGGAGUCCGAGACCGUCCAGAAGGCGAUCAAGCGUCUGUCUUCCAAGGAGGCCUACGACCGUGUCUUCCGUCUCCGCCGUGCUGUCCAGUGCUCUAUCUCUCACACUCUCCUCCCCCCUAAUGAGCAGACCAAGCCCGAGGAGGACGUCGAGUACCUUAGCCCUAUUAUCCGCGAGAUCGAGAAGGAGGUCAAGGAGCGUGCGGAGCUCGACAACCUCGUUGUCCGCAAGUAA